AUGGCUCCCAAGACUCCCAAGAUCGCUGUUGUCUACUACUCGAUGUACGGCCACAUUAAGACCCUGGCCGAGGCUGAGAAGAAGGGUGCCGAGAAGACCGGCGCUACCGUCGACAUCUACCAGCUCCCGGAGACCCUCCCCGACGAGGUCCUCAGCAUCAUGCACGCUCCCGCCAAGGACCCCAGCGUUCCCGUCCUCGAGGAUCCUGCUACCCUCGAAGACUACGACGCUUUCCUCCUAGGUAUCCCCACUCGUUACGGAAACUUCCCCGCCCAGUGGAAGACCUUCUGGGAUAAGACUGGCAAGCAGUGGGCCUCUGGUAGCUUCGCCGGCAAGUUCGCCGGUAUCUUCGUCUCCACCGGUACCCAGGGCGGUGGCCAGGAGGCGACUGCCCUAAACGCCAUGUCUACCCUCGCCCACCACGGCAUCAUCUUCGUCCCCUUCGGCUACAGCCACGCCUUUGCCCUGAUGUCCGACAUCUCCGAGCUCCGUGGCGGAAGCGCCUGGGGUGCUGGCACCCUGGCCGGCCCCGACGGCUCCCGUCAGCCCAGCGCCCGCGAGCUCGAGAUCGCCGGCAUACAAGGCGAGUCCUUCGCUAAGAUCAUCGUCAAGCACUUUGAAUGA